CUGACUCAGUCUCUAGUAAACAGGGCGGCUAACAUCACUCUGCUGCACACUUUAAUUAAAACAUUUCAACAAGCUAUAUUUUAAAAUGUGGACUUAAAGCGACGGGUUUAACUCUCGCUUUCUUGGAUUUCACUGCCUGAUCUCAUUAACACCCACGAAGAAGAAAAGCAGGCGGACCGUUAAAGCUGAUCCUGGGACUCACACUGACAACAGCCUGUUUGGAUAUGAUCCCUGAGAUUAGCUUCACUGUAGUUUCACUGCUGUAGAUUGAGAGGAGCUCCUGUUAUUGUGUGCGCACGCACACACACACACACACACAUACACACACACACACACACACACACACACACACACACACACACACACACACACACGGUACCUGGCUACAGGGUCCAGAUGGGGAACAGCGCACUGAAGACUCACCUGGAAAACUCCCAGAAGACGGGGGUUUUCCAGCUGACAGCGAAGGGACUGCAGGAGUUUCCAGAGGAGCUGCAGAGACUCACCGCUAACCUGCGGACGGUCGAUCUGUCGGGGAAUAAGAUCGAAGUUCUUCCCCCCGCCAUCGGAAACUUCCUGCAUAUGAAGAGUCUGACGCUCAACUCCAACAGAAUCACCGCUCUCCCCUCUGAGAUCUCGAAGCUGAAGAAGCUGGAGACUCUGAGUCUGAACGGGAACCGCAUCGUGACGCUGCCGUCCUCUCUGGGCCAGCUCAAAGCCCUGCGGACCCUCAACCUGUCGGGGAACCGGAUCUCAGAGUUCCCCCCCGGCCUGGGCACCCUGAGGCACCUGGACCUGCUGGAUCUGUCCAGGAACCAGAUCCGGAACGUCCCGGCACACGUGUCGGAGCUGCAGACCAUCGAGAUCAACCUCAACCAGAACCAGAUCUCAGUGCUGACAGAGGAGGUGUCGAAGUGUCCCCGUCUGAAGGUGCUCCGUCUGGAGGAGAAUUGUCUGGACCUGUCCUCCGUGCCUCAGUCCAUCCUCAGAGACUCUCAGGUGUCUCUGUUCUCUGUGGAGGGGAACCUGUUCGAGGUGAAGAACCUGCGGGACCUGGAGGGGUACGACAAGUACAUGGAGCGUUUCACAGCCACCAAGAAGAAGUUCGCCUGAAGACGCUCGAAGAAAAGUCCAACCCUCAGAGCGCCACCUGGUGGACGAGUCAGCUGCUGCUUCUUCUGCUGCUGCUAAUAAACAGUCCUCGACACAGCGACCCCCCCCCUCCCCCCCCCCCACAGGUCUCUGAGCGUCAGAUUCAACACGAGAGAAGAAGGAGGAGUGUGAUGGUGAAGCUUCAGUGUGUUUCCAGACUGCAGAGACUCAGGGACAGAAACACAACGUUCAGUGCUUAACAACGUUUGUCGCUUUAAAUUAUUACUUUUUACCUUUAAACUCUGCUCAAUGUCUCCGCAGAGUUAUUCAAACUGAAGCAUUUCAUCUGAGUCUUGAACAAACAGCACGAGUUUGUAGAAUUGAAGAAACAGAAAAGUUUACUAUGUUUGAAGAAGGUUCAUGUGUUCCCAACAUGCUGUCAGUCUGAGGGGCUUGUUUUCACCAGGACUAAGAACAGGUUGAUUUGGGUUUUUAGGAUGGCUAUAGAAGGUUCAUGUGUUCCCAACAUGCUGUUUGUGUUUUUUUAGGGGCUUGUUUUCAUCAGGAAACGGGUUAGUUUCACCUGAAACAUUACAAUAAACCACAGGGAAAAAUCUGACACCAUUUUAAAAUAAUUUUGUAUCCAAAAAUAACCCAAAGAAAUCAGUUUCCAGUUCCUACGUUAUGUGUCUCUGUUGGAUUUAUGAUGUCCAUUGUUUUCGUUUUUUACACAAAACAGGGAUUUAAUUAAUAAUUGUUAGUUAGCAGCUUGCGAACAGGCGACCAGAAGGGGGCCCCCAAAGAAGGUAGAUUAAGAAGGUCCACAGCAACGACAACAUGAAACACCCUUUAAUUU